UUCCUCUUAAGGUGGAGGAUAUGUGUAACCCCAACGGGGAAGUCACUCUGAGACUUCAUUUGUGCAAGGUGAAACAGUUACUUUUUGCAGAGUUGUGCUUGAAAUAAGCAACGACAGAGUACAAAAAGCAACAAAGAUGGAUCAGACUUGUGAAGAUAUAGAUGAAAUGUUCAGUAAUCUCCUGGGAGAAAUGGACCUGCUAACACAGAGCCUGGCCAUAGAAACCACCAAAUCUACAGCAGCCAUUGACACCGAGACAGAGCCAAAUUUUGCAUUUGGCUUUAAAGAUUUAAAUGAGUCCCUAAACGCUCUUGAAGAGAAUGAUCUGGAUGCUCUAAUGGCUGAUCUGGUGGCUAAUAGCUCAGCCUCCUUUCCCUAUGCAGAUGGUGUAUCCAGUCAUUACUAUAAUUUUACAGAUACUUUACCUACUGGUUCUACAGAUGACCUGUCUUAUCUGCCGCCACCACCGCCCCCUAGUGCAUGGGAUCUUCCACCUCCGCCGCCUGACCCUGUAGAGCCGAUGACUCAGGAUGACUCGAGAGCCAAAGCUGACAAAAUUAAGGAUGCCUUGGGCAAGAUGAAGGAAGCCAAAGUUAAAAAACUGAUUAUUAAGGUUCACAUGACCGAUGGCAGCACCAAGACCUUGAUGGUGAAUGAACUUCAGACUAUUCGAGAUGUCAUAGACAACUUGUUUGAGAAGAGUCACUGUGACUGCAGCGUUGAGUGGUGUUUAUAUGAAGAGAACCCUGAGCUACAGCUUGAGCGAUUCUUUGAAGACCAUGAAAACAUAGUGGACAUACUAUCAGAUUGGCCAAGAGACAGCGCAAACAUAAUUCACUUUCAAAAGAAAAAUGAAAAAUAUGCUGUUUUUAAAAAUCCUCAGAAUUUCUACUUGGCCAGGAAAGGAAGCGCAGAUAUGAAGGACAUGAAUGAGAAAAAUAAAGUCUCUUUACUGGAACAAAGCUUCUGUGGAGCAUCUGUUGUGGUGCCAGAUCUUGAAGCUGCCUUCUACCUGAAAGAAGAUGGCAAAAAGUCCUGGAAAAAGCGUUACUUUCUUCUGCGCGCUUCUGGAAUUUACUAUGUGCCUAAAGGAAAGACUAAGACAUCUCGUGAUUUGGCCUGUUUUAUACAGUUUGAUAAUGUCAAUGUUUAUUAUGGCACCCAGUAUAAAGUAAAAUACAAAGCUCCGACUGAUCACUGCUUUGUCCUGAAGCACCCACAAAUUCAGAAGGAAUCACAAUACAUAAAAUAUCUGUGCUGUGAUGAUCCGUGGGUUCUCCACCAGUGGGUUACUGGGAUUAGAAUAGCCAAGUAUGGAAAGACCUUAUAUGAAAACUACAAGACAGCUGUCCAGAAAGCAGGACUUGCUUCCCAUUGGUCCACUCUGUCUAAUUCAUCUGUUUCAAGUACAACAGGGACAGCCCAAGGUAAUGGACAGAUAUCCCAAAAUGUACCAAAUGUCAGCUCCAGCUUCACCGAUGCCUGGAAACGAGGAGAGGAAACUAAGAGUACGAAAUUAAAUGAGAUUACCAAGCCUGAACAUAAAAACUCACCACCUACAUUAACAAAAAAGCCGCCACCAGCACCUCUAAGAAAAUCAUCCACAGCACAUGUGGUGGCUACACCGCCAUUGCCAAUUAAAGCCAAGUCAUUGCACUCUGAUAUACUACCACCGCCACCAGAGUAUCCAGCAGCUGAAGAAUCAGAGUGGGGGAAUGAUUUCCUGCCCCCUCCACCCCCUGACUUCUCUGAUGCUCCCCCUGAUUUUUUACCUCCACCGCCUCCUUCCUUUCUUUCUGCCACUGAAUAUCCUCCUGCCCCUCCCCAAUUAACAGAGGUAGCAGAUAUAAGUGCCCACAUGGCACCCCCUCCUCCUCCCCCUUCUGUAGCUACAGCCCCUCCACAGCUUCCAGUGAAAAAGCUGCCACCAAACCCUCCAAAACGAAGAGACAGUAAAGGAGCGAUGUCCAGGGAACUGAACAACACAAAUGCAAAUGGCGGCCAAAUAGACUUUAUGUCCGACUUGGCAAAAGCUUUGCAGAAGAAAAGAGGAACCACAUCCUAAAGGGGACUCCAUGUUUCCUGCUGAAGGUUUGCAGCUAUAAAGCAACUUUAAGAGACUGUAUAGUUAAAGUAUUCAGUUGUAUUAUGUCACCCCCUUCCCCCCCCCCCCCCCCCCCCCCCAAAAAAAAAAAAGAAACCCAAAAUCAAACCCAUCUCUUGGGUUAAAGGAAAGCUAUUAGGGUUACAGGGAAGACACAACAAAAUUACCUGUAUAACACAGUGUCAAGUCAUGUUACAGGCCUUUACCAUGUAUUCUACAACAGUGUAUUGAGCACAUCUGUAUUCUGUCCAUCUAUGGGGUACAUUUACUAAGGUGGGAGUUAUUUAAGAACUUGUGAUAUUGCUCAUAGCAACCAAUCAGAUUCUACUUAACAUUUAUCUAACUGCUUCUAGAAGAUAAUAGAUAGAAUCUGAUUGGUUGCAAUGGGCAACAUCACCAGUUCUAAAAAAAACUCCCACCUUAGUAAAGUUACCCCUAUGAGUGACUUAGGAAUGUAUAGUAUAUUACUGGUAGGUUCAUAAACUGUGAGGAUAUUACAAUUGAAUAGAUGUCAUACUCGCACAGUAUUAUAAAAUGACUUUUGAUGUCCAUAUUUAUAUAUUUGAGGAUCAUUUCUGAACAGGUCACUCACAAUGCAGUUGUAAUGCCUAUUGUAGUAAGUAAAGGCUCCUAGUCAUCCACUGGAUGCAAGCAUUAAAGCAUAUUUCAGUUUU